AUGGAUAAACGUCCUAACGACAUUCAGCAAACUUCAAUCAUUCGACUUGGAUUUCCUUCUAUUUCUACAAGUUUUGGCGAAUUUCCAAUUGAUAUUGCUGCGGAAAUCGGAUGUGAGGUAAUAAAAGAAUUUUUAAAUUUACAUAAUGAGACCGAUUUUGAAUUGAUUUUAAUUGAUAAUGAUACCAAAGCCCUUAAUGCUUUUGAAUCGAAAUGGAAAGAGAUCAAGAAUGAUUUAGAUGAUCUUAAAUUCCAAAUUAAAAAUGGAAAUUUAUUGCAAAUUAAAGAUGAGUUGGGAAUUGAGUGUAGGUACAUUGUUGCAGAAAUAACUUGGAGAAUGAAGCUAAAUACAAAUCAUUUAAGCAAACAAAUUCUUAAUACUGUUGGGUCAAAGUUCCCUGAAGAAGUAAAACGGUUAUAUCCAAAUCCCGGUAUUGUUGGUGAAUCGUAUCCUGUAUCAAUUCCAAAAGAUUCGAUUCUACAUACAGAUGAAGGCAUUGAACAGGUUAUUUUUGUAGUAUCACCAAAUAUGAAUCCAUCACGAUCCAACCCAGUUUCAUUCAAUGAAGCAAAAGAUUUACUCAAAAAAACGUAUAAUUCUAUGAUGAACGCGUUUUUAGAGUUAAAAAAUGGAAGGGAAUAUUAUCCUGUUACAAUAAAGAAGGGAAACUUACAAGUCAACAAACCUUUUUCAACAAGCUCAUCUCAAUCUUCUUUAAAACGACCUUUACCCAAAUUGGGAGGUGGAGGAUGGGCAAACGUUUUAUUUCCAUAUUGUCAACAACCCGAAAUAUUUCCAAAAUCUGAAGUGUAUUGUUACGAUGAUGAGUCUGUUAUUAUCUAUGACAAAUAUCCUAAAGCGAAAAAACAUUUAUUAGUAAUUCCACGAAAGCAUAUUGAUAAUAUUGAAGAAUUGAAGAAAAAAGAUUUAGAAUUGAUAAGAAAAUUGAAAGAGAAAGGACAGGAGAUGAUCAAAAAGAUGAAACAAGACAAUCCAAAAUUGGAUUUUCGAAUGGGAUUUCAUGCUAUUCAAAGCUUAAAGCAGCUUCAUAUGCAUGUGAUUUCACAAGAUUUUAUUUCGCCAAAUUUAAAAAAUAAGAAACAUUGGAAUUCAUUUACAACCGAAUUUUUUAAGGAUGUAGAAGAAAUUGAAAAGAUAUUAGAAGAACAAGGAUUUAUCAAGUUUGAUAAAGCAUAUUAUGAGAAUUUAUUAAAGUCUUCUGUAAAUUGUCAUUUGUGUAAUAUGAAAUCUAUAAAAAAUAUUCCCAAUUUAAAAGAGCAUUUGAAAGAUCAUUGGAAUGAAGAUUAA